AUGCUAACCCGGCAGUUUUCAACAGAUUACGGUUUUGUUUGUCACUUUUCAGGUCUCAGAAUAAUGGCCUCGAGCGAUCCGUUCGAUAUCUCGAACGCCUGCAUCAAUGGCCGCUUCAAUCCAAAUCAUCCAAACAUAUCGAAAAUAUAUACCAACGUUAAUCUGGAUUUAGGUCCAGACCAUUGGCGUUUCCGAUCUUGGAACCCAAAUUUCGGUGAUAUCAAUCGCUAUACAUUAGAAGAGUGGGUUGGUGAUGGCAGAUACUCUGAUGUAUUCAUGGGUUUUCAAGACGGCCAAAAGAAAUGCGCUAUCAAACUUCUUAAACCAGUUAAUACAGACCGUGUACGCCGUGAAUUAAAGAUUUUGACAAUUAUUCAAGGUCAUCCAUGUAUUCUCAACUUAAUGGAUAUCGUUAUCGAUGGAAAAGAAGGAAUCCCGUCAAUGAUUACAGAAUACGUUCCAAACUCCACAUGGAGGACACUUUUCUCCACAAUGGAUCUCGAAGAUAUUAGAUUUUAUACAUACAGAAUAUUACAAGCUCUUUCAUAUACGCAUUCAAAGGGAAUUAUGCAUAGAGAUGUCAAACCAUUAAACAUUCUUUGCAAUUCGCCUAGAAACAAAGUUAUCCUUGCUGACUGGGGCCUGGCCGAAUUUUAUCACCCAAUGAGAAAGUAUUCUGUCCACGUCGCGACAAGAUAUUACAAAUCUCCCGAAAUUCUUCUUGAUUACGAAUAUUACGAUUACUCGCUCGAUAUAUGGUCUGUUGGUGUUAUACUCCUCGAGCUUUUAACUCUCAAACUCCACGUUUUCGAUGGCGGAGACAACGAGCAUCAGAUUGACUCCAUUGUCGAGGUCAUUGGAGGAGCACCAAUCUUAGAUUGGGCUAGAAAAUACAGAGUGAAGAUCCACCGCGAGGAAAGAGAAAGAUUUUCACAGAUGAAGGGACAAAGUUUCGAAACUUUGAUUCCUUUCUCUCGUCGUAAAUUCCGUGACCCAGAAGCUCUCGAUCUUGUUAACAAAAUGCUUACAAUCGACCACAAAGAAAGAAUUACAGCAGAUGAGGCCCUCCAGCACCCGUUCUUCGAAAUGGUUCGCCAGGCCGAUGCUGCCAAGCAGUAA